UCGUGCUUCCGGCCGGAGGCUUUAUGGAGCGGACUUCCGGGAAGACACAAGGCGCACCGGUGACGGAAUAAUGACGCGUUGGGCCCGAGCAAACAACGUCCACAAACACAAAGCGGCAGACCCCACUCCCUGGAGUCAACUGAAGGCAAGCGGAGGGGUUGGGGACGGCGCGGCGGAGGGACGUACGAGCGGGGCGCGUCCGGAGGGCACGGUCGACCCCCUCCGUGGCGCGCGGCCAGGCAAGCAAAUGAGAAAGCAGAAUAGCGGGAAGAAGAAGUACAACAGCGCAGAUGUAAAUGGCUUCCUGCAGUACCUGCGGCAAACGGGGCAGCCGCUGCCGCUGGAUCGCGGCACCGUCGUUGACCCGGCGCUGAUGGGAGAGCUGCAGACGGCGCUGAAGAAGGACAAGAGGCGGGAGGACAGGAGGGUCAGGAGGCAGGUGGCCAAAAAGAACAACAUGCUGUGCUUCAACUGCAGGAGGCCGGGUCACGGAUUGGCCGACUGUCCCGAGGCAGAUGGCGACGAGGAGAUGGGCCGCGGUAUUUGUUACCGCUGCGGCUCCACGGAGCACGAGAUCCAGAAAUGCCGGUCCAAAGUGGACCCUGCGCUCGGUGAUUAUCCCUUCGCCAAAUGUUUCAUAUGCAGUCAAACUGGUCACCUGUCCAGAUCGUGUCCUGAUAAUCCCAAAGGGCUGUAUGCUGCUGGCGGAUGCUGUAACAUCUGUGGCUCUGUGGAACACUUUAAGAAAGACUGUCCUGAGCACCAGAGUUCAGCGAACGCUGUCACCGUGGGCCGCUUGUCCAACAAGAUGAGUGCUGACCACGAAGAUGUUCAUGUCCCCGUCAAGAAGGUGAAGCCCAAAUCGGAGAAGGUUGUUGUCUUCUGAACUGCAGCUCCUCUAAGGGGAAAUGGGAGCAACCAUGAUAAUAAAAGAAAG